UUGGCUGUGCGGCUAUGGCGACGACGAGGCAAGUCCUCCAGAUUCUCGAGUCGUAUCAGAAGGCGCGUAUCACAUUCUCCCAGACGGUAGCUGAGUUGUCCAACAAUGCACAGAAUGUGGAGAUUCUUCACACGGCUGGGGUCCUGGAGUUGCUGCGCCCCUUGUUGAUCGAUUCCAUUCCCACAAUCCAGCAAACCUCGGCGCUGGGAUUGGGAAGGCUCGCCAAUUGGAGCGAAGACAUGGCGGAGGAGGUUGUGUCGCAUCAUCUCCUGGUCCAGCUUGUCUUCUCCCUGAAGAACCAAAAUAGAUAUAGCAAGAAGGCAUCGGCAUCUGUGUUACGCUCCGUGGCUAAACACAAUGCCGAGCUUGCACAGGCAGUCGUUGAAUCCGGUGCCUUGGAGGACUUGGUCUCAUGCCUCGAGGAGUUUGAUCCUUCGGUGAAGGAAGUUGGAGCUACAGCAGUGGGUAAUGUUGCCAAACACAACGUGAAGCUUGCGCGGGCUGUUGUGGAUGCCGGUGCCGUCCCGCUCCUUGUUCUUUGUGUCCAGGAGCCGGAACUUAUAUUAAAACGUGCAGCCUUGGCUGCUCUUGCAGACAUCGCAAAGCAUGCACCGGAGCUUGCACAGCUCGUGGUUGAUGCUGGCACUGUUCCUUUCAUUGCUCCUCUCGUUGUACAUAUUGACGCCAAGAUCAAGAGGCAGGUUUGCUUGUGCCUGGGCCAAAUCGCUAGACACACGGUCGAUCUUGCUGAGGUUUUACUUGCAGCGGAGCUGUUCCCCAAGCUGUUUUUGUGUCUAAAAGAUAUAGAUCACCAAGUAAGACGGCAAGCGGCCAUUGUCGUGAGAGAAGUUGCCAAGCACACACCGCAAAUGGCACAGUUCAUCGUCUCCACUGGUGGUGUUGCAGCACUAGUGGAUAACUGUGCCGAAUGUUUAGGCAAUGAUCGCUUACCAGCUAUCAUGGCUUUGGGAUAUAUUGCGGCUUUUGACGAGUCUUUGUCUACAACCAUCAUCCAGUCCAACGGUGUAAAGCCACUGGUAGACGCUCUCACCAACGAGCAGGAAGAUCACAUCCAAAGUGCCAGUGCGUGGUCACUCGGACAAGUCGGAAGGCACAGUCCGGUUCACUCGCUCGCCGUUGCUGAAGCCGGAGUUCUUCCCCAGCUGGUCACCCGACUUUUGGCCGAGACAAGCAGCGAAGAUCUUCGUAGCAAGUGCAAGAGAGCUCUUAAGGCGAUCAUAGAGCACCUGACUCACAUCCCGGCUUUAGAUUCUCUUCUCCAGGGGCCACCGUUGCCAAUCGAGACAUUGAAGUACGUGAUAGCGCAGCUCGCAAAGGUUCUUCCAAACGAUCCCGAGGGAAGAACGAAGUUUGUCACGUCGGGUGGCCUCGAGAAGCUGCUCCAGAUGAAUUUCGGGCCGGAUCCAGAGAUGAAGAGCCUGGUGGACGGCGUGAAUGCGAGCUAUCCCAAAGAAGUUGUCCAGUACUACGAUCCGGGCUACGAGGAGAUCCUUCUACAAAAGCUCACAGGGGCCAAACCAGGGAAAUAAAGAAACCAUUUAUCUUCGCUUCAUCUCAUCUGUCAAUAGACAAAAGAACGAACUUUGCAAA